AUGGCGUCCGCGCGCGUCGCGAUCGCGCCCGCGAUGGCGUCCGCGUCCGCGCGAGGGAGGCUUCGCGCGGCGCGCGCGGCGGCCGCGUCCUCGCGCGUCGUCGCGUCGAUCUCGUCGUCGCUCGGAUCGAAGCGCGCGUCGCGCGGCGCCGCGCGCGCGCUCCGCGAGCGGCGGCGCGCGACGACGUCGACGGCGACGCGUCGCCGCCGCGACGCGCGCGCGUUCGCGCUGUUCGGCCCGCCGCCGGACCCGGCGCUCCUCCUCGCCGAAGGGAAGGCGCUGUACGCCGAGGGCGAGCGCAUGCGAGGGUACAAAACCUUCGAGAGGGCGCUGCGGCAGGACACCAUCGACGUCGAGACGCGACGAGAGCUCCUGUACUGCUGCAUGUGCUGCAACGCCGCGUUCGGGGACGUCGAGACGGCGAAGCAGUUCUUGAGAGACAUGAACAUCGCGGGCCUGCCGUUCGACGUCGCGAUGCUGGACGAUCGCCUCAUGCCGCUCGAGAGCAGCGCGCAGAUGCGGAACCAGCUCGUCAAGUUCGCGUCGGGGGAGAUGAAGUCGCAGGGCACGGUGCAGAGGGAGAUCUUCGAGCGCGACCGCGCGCCGAGGGGGAACCUCGGCGCGAUGGGAGGCGGCGGCGCUGGGAAGCCGCAGCGGAUGGGCGACAUGGACCUCAUGAAUCUGGAGAUCUCCGGGGACACGAGCGCGGAGACGAAGGACAUCGUGAAGAGAGUGCUGGGACUCGUCGUCGCGAGCGUGGUGGGAUUCGUCGGGUUGUUUCAGUUCGGGUUAACGUUCUUGCGGUGA